CAAAAAAAUCGACGGGGGCGUGCCGCAAUGGAAGCCGCAUCGAUUUGGGGCGUGGCCUUCGGUGCGAUUGGCCGCGGCGCCGGGGGCGGGGCGCCCCCUCCCACCUGCGCACGCCCAUCGCUAAUUCUCUAGCACCCCAACUGUUUUCACUAGUAACAUCGUGUCUCGGCAAGAAGCAACAUACUCUGUUUUUACUUAAUCUUUGUGUAAACUGCCCCAUGUUGUGUAUCAUAAUAUUAAGUGAACGCAAACUUGUUUUCGGAAGAUUGAUUGGAAUGAAAACACAAAACGCACUAUACUGUUGAAAUAACAAGACUGUUUUCGUUUUAGAAAACUCUCGGCCUUUUGUCUUGUUUGUUGUUUUUGCGUGUAAACAUGCAUACGAUUUUCACCGAACAUCAGAAUGCCUACUACCGGCCCGGGGGCGGCUAUAGCACCGCCGCCGCCGCGGUGACCGCCACCGCGAACCCCUACGCCUACGAGCAGUACUCCCGUUAUGGCUACGCCGCAUGGCACCACCAACAACACCAAUUAUCCACCGCCAAGGACAUGGUCAAACCGCCGUAUUCCUACAUCGCGCUCAUCGCCAUGGCCAUCCAGAACGCCCCCGACAAGAAAAUCACCCUCAACGGCAUCUACCAGUUCAUAAUGGAGCGCUUUCCCUACUACCGCGAGAACAAACAAGGCUGGCAGAACUCAAUCCGUCACAACCUCAGCCUGAACGAAUGUUUCGUCAAAGUCCCACGGGACGACAAAAAGCCGGGAAAAGGGAGCUACUGGACCCUUGACCCAGACUCCUACAACAUGUUCGACAACGGCUCGUACCUGCGCCGCCGGCGGCGCUUCAAGAAGAAGGACGCCCUCCGCGAGAAGGAGGAAGCCAUCAAGCGCCAACAGCUCGACUCCAACGUCACCGCCAAGCGCGACGAAAAACCGCUGGAGGAGGCGAAAAAGCUCGAGUGCAAGCCCAAGCGCGAGCCCGCGGAGCUCACCCAGUGCAAGUACAACGACGUCAAGUCGGUCAUCGUGCACCAGGAGCACGUCAUCAGCGAGGCCAUGGCGAUGGACUCGGCGGCGGCCUUCACCGUCGACUCGCUGAUGACGACGCGGGAGCAGCACGCCUACGGCAACUCCGGGCGCCUGCACACCUCCGGAGGGAUGUACUACUGCCCCAGUGCCACUCCGCAGCAGUACAUCGGGGACGAGGCCGCGCCGAGGUACAGCCCCUGGUACAGCCCGGAAACGUCCCCGGAGUCCGGCUACAGGGAUAUGAUUUUCGACAGCAGUGCGGCGCCCAGCUGUCAAUUGGCGGGGUUUAGGCACUCCGGGGUCUCGCCAAGUCCGCCUAAUUAUAGAACGGCGGCGGCUUACUACCAACAGGACUGUGUGGGACAGAAAUACUGAGGGUACGCGUAUCAUCUCAAUAUCAAGACUGAUGUUUGAAGGUUUUGUGCGAUUCCGGCCUCCAAGGAAUUCCAGUAGUGCAUGGUGGAAAUUAUAGAGGUGUAGGAGAGGUUUAGUGAGACGAUUUUUCACUUUCCUACAGGUCUGUAAUUUUUUUUCAUUCGAAAUCGUUUGGCUUUGUUUCGUUCCAACGGCAGCUGGUUUUAUUUAUGUGAUAUGUUGAUAGUGUAAUUUCGUUUUUUCGAAAAUUUAUAUUUUUUUAUUAUUAGGAAUGGUGUUUCUUUUUUUGUAUUAUACUCAUAGGUUCCUAUAAAGAUUUUAACCAUUCCCCGAUGAAUUUGCGGCAUUUAUCGGUUAUCAACUUUAUAGAAAGUAAUUACCUUACGUGUCCGGUGUACAUAUUUAUUUGUAAAAUAAUGUAGAUGUAUUAUUACCCACUGUAUGUGUUGAAAGCACGUAUGUAUAUUAUUUAUUGACUUUAAAGAAAUAAAUCACACCAUUGUGGACAUUACCUAA